AUGAAACCCGCCAAACAGUCAAUUUUCGUGACAAUGGUUAUGAUCUACUCCGUCAUCCUAAUUAUAACAAUAUUCACACCUGUUCAGCAAAUCCAUGUAGAUAUUAUUGAUAUCACUGGAUUCGCAAAGUGUGCUCUUACAACAAAAUGGUUCAGAACUCAGCUGGCGCCGUUUUUGGGGAAUUUAACGGCGAAGAAGGGUCCGAAGAACUUGAAGAUGGUCUAUCAUCCUUUGUCGAUUGGACAGAAAAAGGGUAAUGGAACAGCUGUGGCCACGUGUGAAAAUGGAUGGUUGGAGUGUCAACUGAACAAGCUUCAGUGUUGUACAAAAAAAUACUCGAGAAAUGUUACGGAUUUCGAGAUUCUCGCGGUUUUGGAGUGUAUUCAGGGAAAGCAAUGGUUUGGAAAGGCUCUGGAUUGUCUCCAACCAAGGAAUUUGCAAACUUUGUAA